GGGAUUCAGAUGGUAUUCUCCAGCUGUGGGCAGCAGAUGUGUAGUUGAAGGAAUAAGCGCCUUUAUCAUGGGAUAGGCUACGCUAGCUAUUAUAGGCUAUAUGAUGUUGAAGCCCUUUGUUGCAUUUAAUUGGUUGCUAAAUUAGGCAAUGAUGAUUUAUUAUACUGUCACAAUGUUUGUGGCUUCAAUGUUCAAAACGGGAACUUGUUGAUCUCAAUAAGUUGUCGCUUAAUAAUUCAUUUAAUGACCGGAGUAGGCUUACGAGAGAGAACGUUGUUUUAGCCUCAUUACUCAUGUGGUUGUUCGCUUGAACGGAAGACCUGUAUGACCACCGAGGCUCGAACUACCGGCGGGAGUCUCUCAUCGUUUCAGGCGGGGGAAGAGCGUUCCUCGUGCGUCUGCAUCAUUUGGUAGAUGAGACGGAACCUUAGCUCUCGAAUAGUCAAUAGCAACGAAAAACUCAGUGAAAUGUAGAAAAACGUUGAGCGAAGCGGACAGCAAACAAAGACUGCAAUCAAUGUUCCAGCCAUUAAUAAGAAUACUGGUAUGAUGAAAACCCCAGCAAACUCAAACAUACAAUAAAGACACAUUAGAUAGUAUAUCAUAUUGAAGUGGAGGGAAACACCAUACUAAUACUUCUGGAUCCCAGUCUACAAAAUAAGUUCUGACUUCUAUCAUUGAGAUGUCCCAUAUGAACAAUAGUAGUCAUCACGCCUGGUGGAAAGAGAUGCCAUGGGGCGACACAGACGAGUGCCCCACCUCCAUGAGUGGCACAACCUUCCUGAUAGUUGCCUACAGCGCACUGAUUGGGGUGGGCCUUAUCGGUAACAUCUGCCUGGUGUUUGUCAUCACACGGCAGAAGGAGAUGAGGAAUGUCACCAACAUAUUCAUCGCCAACCUGUCAAUUUCUGACAUCCUCAUGUGCAUCGUGUGCCUGCCGGUCACCAUCAUCUACACCCUAAUGGAUCGCUGGAUCUUGGGGGAGGCACUCUGUAAGGUCACACCCUUUGUCCAGUGCAUCUCUGUCACAGUCUCUGUCUUCUCCCUGGUCCUCAUAGCCAUGGAGCGCCACCAACUCAUCAUCCACCCCACUGGAUGGAAGCCUGUUGUGGGCCACUCCUACCUGGCUGUAGCCAUCACCUGGAUGGUGGCCUGCUUCAUCUCUCUGCCUUUCCUCUCCUUCAACGUUCUCACCAACAGUCCUUUCCAGAACAUUAGCCUCCCCUUCAAUCCCUUCACGGACCACUUCAUCUGUAUGGAGCGGUGGCCCUCAGAGCACAAACGACUGGCCUACACCACCUCCCUGCUGCUCUUCCAGUACUGCCUUCCCCUCAUCCUCAUCCUGGUCUGCUACUUGCGCAUCUUCCUGCGUCUCAGACGGAGAAAAUACAUGGUGGAGCGAACCAGGGACAACCGCCAGAAGAAGGCCAAGGGGUCAAAGAGGAUCAAUGCCAUGUUGGCCUCCAUCGUGGCAGUGUUUGCCCUCUGCUGGCUCCCGCUCAACAUCUUCAACACCGUGUUUGACUGGAAUCACCAGGCCAUACCAUCCUGCCAGCAUGACAUCAUCUUCUCUGCCUGCCACCUCACAGCCAUGGCCUCUACUUGUGUCAACCCCAUCAUCUAUGGCUUUCUCAACAGUAACUUCCAGAAAGAGCUCAAAUCUACCCUAUACCGCUGCCGCUGCUGGGGGGCACCAGAGAGUUAUGAGAGCUUCCCUCUCUCUAUUGUCAGCACAGAGGUCACUAAGGGGUCGAUCUUGAGCAAAGGAUCGAUCAGCAUGAAUGUAUAGUCCCAACCCAUUCAGACAUGGAGAGCGAAAGUAUAGAACUUGUCAUUGUCUUGACCAUGCAUUGAAGAUUGUCUUGCUGAGAUUUUUGCUGGAGCAAGGGUUGACAGGGGUUGUUCAAAUGAUUCACAUGUCAAUGUUUUGUUUCUUAGCAAUCAAUGGUUGACCUCUUCAGUGGGAAUGGAGAGAAAUGUGAAAGUAAGAGAACACUGUGCCCCAACAGUCAUUUUACAGUGUUUUCAAUUAGGUAUGUGUUUUUACACCAUAGAGGAAGUCGAUGAUUUUAUGACGGUGCAAAGGUCUUCUUCACUGCAAGCACUGUGGAGUAAAAGAUGUGCUUAACACCAACAUAAUAUUGCAAUGUAUUAUUUGGGUCUCUACAGAGCAGUAACAUUCAAAGUUGAGGUGGGGUCGCGGGAUAAAAAAAAAAUGCAACAAAAACGUACGAUUAAUUUAUAGGACAAAAUGUAUGCACGCUUUGGAUAAAAGCACCUGCUAAAUGGAAUAUAUAUAUAUAUUUUUUGAGAAAGAUAAUUUGGCCAGGAUAAUUUCUGGAUAAUUUGGCCAGAAAGAUAAUCUGGCCAGAAAAAGAGGGUUCCUGCUUGAAAGGUUUGAGUACCACUGCUAUAGAUUGUAGCCAAAUGUGUUGUCAUGAUAGUCAAACUUGCAUGGCAGCACAAAAGUCUUUAAAAUCGACUAUAAUUGAAGGACUUUUAAAUUGACCUUCAACUCCUCUUGGGUUCCACUCACAAAGUCAUGUUUGAAUAAUGUGAGAUUUUCAGAUGGUCCUUUUCUCACAUCUUACUCCUGUUAAUCCUGGAUCAUGGAUAGCUACUGCUAUAAUUGUGUUUUUAUAGAAUUCGCUAUCCUUUCAACCCUCCUUUGUGCAAUUCCUUCCCUCAUGCAGAGACUCAUGGAAUAUGCAUGUUAAGGGAUGCCAAGUGCUAACCACUUCCAAUGGUUCAUUCAUGAUAUUGAUGUGGGUUUAAAGGGAUAGUUCUCCAAAAGCAUGUGUUAAUGAUUUUCUUCAUAGAUAGGAAUCAUGUGAUCUUUACACCGGCAAAUGACUUGGCUAAGAUCACACCAUGUCAAUAAAAUCCUCAUAACUGGUUUGUUUGUAAACAGACCCAUGACAGAAUAAAGUUAUGGAAUUUGUAUUGAAACAAAACUUUGACAAGGACUGACAUUGAAAACUAGUGAUUUAAAGCACAGUACCUGUCACAGACAUGUUUUGUACCCACCAAUGUUUACUGCCAAAUAUAUUACUGUGCUAGUGGCUGACUUUGAUAAUAAAAUGUGCCAUGCAGCAACCAUACAUCUAGGGCCAUAUAACAAAAUAGAAGGGGCAGUAAAUGAAUACACUCUGUACUCUGACAGCAGCACAUGGAAUAAUAUCCUACUGUAUAUCCUUGCUCUCUCACUGAGGUCCACUGAGUCUUUGUAUGUACAGUAAUAGAUCUGGUGUGUAGUUUAGCCCUGUGUGGUGUGUAUGGUACCUGAUAUGCCUCUUGUAUUGCAAUGUGGGAUAAUUGGUUUAUAAUAUAAAUGGGAAUAAAUCAUUCCAUCUGUUUACCCUCUAGUCUAUUCUUGUAAACACAUUUUCAGCCAUUCCAUUUGGCAGUUACAAGAAUGAUUAUCCAAUAUGACCAAACUGUAACUCAUUCAUGAAUGUGUGCAAUAUUUCCUUUUGCAGGUCAAAUAAAGUUCAGUAUGCCAUAUACAGUAAGUAUUUGCAAAUAUCAUGCCAGGUUUUCUCUAAACAUUUGUAAGCUGGCUGCCUUUUCUUAAAAAUAUAUAAAUCUCAGAACAUUUCUAGGAUGUUUUAAUAAUUUGAGGUCAUAAAUUUGGAUAAUUCAAAUUUUGUCAGAUACAUAUAUUUAAAUGUAUGGCUCUGCUUAAUUUUUAUCCAAUGUCUGAAGAAAGUUCUCUGUUUACUGGGUAGUUAGCGAUGAGCUUUUAUAAGCCAGAUAAAGUUUUGUACAUUCUAUGUAUUCCUUUCUGCAGGGUUAAUCUUUAUCAAGAAAAAAGUUAGAAUGCCAAAAGAUGUUACAGUAGCUUUACAGAAGAUAAAUAAAAAAAGUUGUAUUUUAUUGCAUUUCAUGUUUUUCUUUCUUCUUUUCUGUAGGUGCCCUUAGAUAUAUCAAAGCAAUGUCUGUCAGCAUUUUCUCCUUUCCCCAAUCUAUUUCAUUAUGAUUUAGAGUGAAUCUUUCACAAAAUAAUACAUUUGAUUUUGUGGUGCACUCACAUUUUCUACUACCUUAAAUUGCAACCCUGGUUUUACAGCAGUCUAGUAAAUGCUAUCCACACCCCAAAGGGAAAGUGUUUAUGUUCUUAAACAUGAGCAGACAAUGUUGAAGUAAGACUGUGUGACCCAUACCUGUAAAAUCAAUAUCACUACCAAUGGGAAAUGGUUGAGAUCUGUAUGUGAAAAUAUUUAUAUUAAAGGUUGACUCUAAUGAAACUGAAAGAUCCACCCAAACUUAUUGUUUUCACUUUUUGCAGGGUGCUAUAGAUAAGUGUCUUCCAAAUAGAUGAAAAUAAACAUGUAUAGUGUGUUAAUGACCAUUUGUAGCCAAGCAGUAAAACUGUCACAAAACUA